AUAAGCAUACCUUAGAAAUAUGAACUCGUAACGGUAGCUGGUAUAAUCUUGCCUCGGAGGAAUAGAAAUAUCGUCAUGGAGGGACCAGGAGGGUCAUCUCAUCCCAUGCCAUCAUCGUAAGCGCUCCAGGGCUAUCUAUCCCUUUUUGGAUAAACCCGCGAGCUCCCAACGCUAUACCGUUCCUGGAUAAACCCGCGAGCUGUUGAUUAAUAAGUCGACCGGAAUGCAAUUAUCCCAUCUCGAACUUAACAACAACACACGGCCUUUAGACAACUUCACCAUCUUAACUCCCGUUGCAUUAGUCCUAUUGCUUGGCCAUGUGCGCGGAUAGUCUCAUCUAGACGGUACGCAGCAGAGUCUAGUCGAGAAGAAUGCGAAAAGCUUGCCUGAGCUAUUCCUGUGAAGGAUCGAAGAGUCAUAAGGAAAAUGGGAUAUAUAAUGGGCGGCGACCUCUUCGUCGUCUUGUGUCUAGCCGUCCAUUCUCAUCAGACACAGAUCACCUAGAAUAUCCUACUGCUUAGGAAACACCAAAAGUUUAUUAAAACUUCGUUUUAACCAAUUCAGAUCGUCAACUUAACGACAAAUUACCUACCUAUUCAACCAUGGCCCAGGUCCCAUCAUCAGUCCAGCAGAGCCUCGACGGCACCAAAGUCGAGUAUGUCAGGGUUGGCUCCUCGGGACUUCACGUAUCUACGCCCAUCUUAGGAGCCAUGUCGCUCGGCUCUAGUAAAUGGCUACCGUGGGUGCUAGACGAAGACGCGACUUUCGAGAUUCUCAAAGCCGCUUAUGACAGGGGUCUCAAUACCUGGGAUACGGCGAACGCGUACUCCAACGGCCUCAGUGAAGAGGUUAUCGGCAAGGCCCUCCGGAAAUUUUCGAUUCCGCGCGAGAAGGUCGUUAUCAUGACUAAAUGCUUCCUUCAUGUCGCAGAAGACGUGUCCGUAUUUUCCGCACCGUUCGGGCCAACGCUUGCGAAAAGCAAGGACUAUGUGAACCAAGGAGGUCUUUCCCGUGCGGCCAUCUUCAACGCCGUAGAGGCUUCUCUCACACGUCUAGGUACGAACUACAUCGACCUAUACCAGAUCCACCGCUUCGACCCAACUACUCCAAUCGAGGAAACCAUGAAAGCGCUGCACGAUCUCGUCCAGUCCGGAAAGGUCCGUUACAUCGGCGCUAGCUCGAUGUGGGCGACGCAAUUCGCGCGCAUGCAAGCCGUCGCCGAAAGCAAAGGAUGGACCAAAUUCAUCAGCAUGCAGAAUUACUACCACUUAUGCUACCGUGAGGAGGAGCGGGAGAUGAACCGUUUCUGUAACGAAACCGGCGUCGGUAUCUUGCCGUACUCGGCCAAUUUCGGCGGCAACCUUGCCAGACCUUUCGGAAAAGGAGACUCAACCCGCGCGAAGGGACCGAGUCCGGUUGGAAAGGGUUUCACAUCAGCCGACGAAGAGAUCAUCCGUCGUGUGGAGAAGCUGGCUGUGGAGAAAGGCUGGAAGAUGAGUCAGGUCAAUUUGGCAUGGCAUCAAGCGAAGGGCAGUGUCCCAAUUGUUGGAUUUAAUUCCGUCGCUAGAAUCGACGAGGCAUGUGGCGUGAGAGGGAAAACACUGACAGCCGAAGAGGUUGCGUUCCUUGAGGAACCGUAUGUGGCCAAGCCUGUCGUGGGUCAUUUUUAACGAAGUCCCCGUAUUAGGUAGGUACCUAUGCUCAAAAAG